AUGCCGCGACGGCGGCCCCCAGGAGAAGGCCAUGUCGUGAACAACAUCUUUCUUCUCGCAGCAGCCGUACUGUUUCUACCAUGGUUGGUCAGCGCUCAGCAGCAGCAACGGCCAGGCUCUGGAGUCCGGCAGCGACAAGAGUCACCUCACGAGAGCCUCGAAGCCAACCCCUUACAUACGGCCGAGGCGACCAAACGAUCAUCAUUGAUCGAGACACCUCUCAUUGUACAACGACGAAAGAACACGAUCAGUGUAAACAACCGUGAUAUUCAAAACGAUGCGAGCGCCAUCGCAACUUUGGCUCCGGCGGGCUCCGCCGUUGCAGCACCAUCCGUCAAGAGGCCCAACACCAGUAGUGUUGGGCUCUCCCCGCCGCACGAUGCGCGGAAUUUGAAGGAUUGGGAUGUAGAAGACUUUGUGCUUCUGGCGACCGUCGAUGGAACAUUACACGCCCGGGAGAGGAAGAAGGGCGUGAAGAAAUGGGAUUUGAAGCUAGGUGGAUUGGAACCAAUGGUCCAGACGACUUAUUAUCGGCGCAAUCGCUCCUCCGUUGAGGAAGACUUCGAAACCAUACCCAUUGAUAAUUACCUUUGGGCGAUCGAGCCGAGCAGAGAUGGCAGUAUUUACAUAUACCAACCGGGUGGUCCAUCGCCGGGUCUGGUCAAUACGGGUCUCACGAUGAAGAAAUUGGUAGAGGUCAUGUCACCGCAUUGGACGGAGGACCCACCUGUCAUGUAUACUGGAGAAAAGAAGACGACUAUGAUGACUGUCGAUGCGGAAACUGGAAUUGUCAUCGGUCAUUUCAGUCCAACAGGAGCUUACGUAAAUCAAGAAGCUGGGAAGGGAAAUUGCAAGAACACAGGCUUCCCGAGUGAUGAAUGCAAUUCGAAUCAGGUUUUGACGAUAGGAAGGACCGAAUACACUGUGGGAAUACAAGGAGCAAAAGACGGUCAUCAAAUCGCGACCCUUCGAUUCUUUGAAUGGACGCCAAACAGUUUCGAUCAUGAUUUAUCCCGACAAUAUCAUCAGACAAAAGACCAAAAAUACGUAUAUGCUCAGCACGAUGGUCUGGUCAUCGGUUUCCAUCACGAAACACCAAAUGAGACUCCAAGGCCUUUGUUCCGCGAGAAAUUUGAUUCUCCGGUUGUUAGGGUCUUUGACGUCGGUCGUCAUUACACGCUCGAAAACAGCAACCCUCCCCUGAUGAUCUUGCCUCAACCUCUACCUCCAGAUAUGGACCAGAAGACAGCCGAAGAGCGAGCUGGAAGUAUCUUUCUUAAUCACACGGAAGAUGGUAGCUGGUACGCCAUGUCUGGAAAAUCGUACCCUCUUGUUGAUCUUCAGAAGCCUAGACAAGCUCAGUGUAUGAACCAAGAGUACAGAAGACACCGGCAUACUUGGGACAUUAUGAAUAAUGCGCGACUGUCCGAAGCCCUUGUUGGCCUACAUUCAAUCGAGGGACAAACCACCCAAGAGCAAUUGCUUACUAUCUCACCACCAUCGGCGAUUGAUACACCUGUGGAUGCUAAUCUUCAAGAUCAUACAAUUCAGUUGGCUCGUCCGCCAUCAGUGAUGCAGAAAUUGCAGUCUUUCCCAAACAGGCUACUUCAAUACGUCCUGGACUUCAUCACGAAUCCUAUAUGGAUGGCUAUCGCUUUCAUUCUGAUAAUCACCUAUAAAGCUCAGAUAAAGCAAUAUGUACAACUUAAUGCCGGUCGCCUUUUAGAGGAGAAACAGAUUCCAUCGUUCCUCAAAGACACUGCAGAGCAGAUUGCCGAGACUGUACCAGUGGCCAAAGUCGAUUCAGUUGAUGUACCUACGGUCGAGGUAGUAGUUGAUGAUAUCAAGCCGGACAAGCAAGACGCCCAAGCUCCAGCGCCACAGGUAAAUAUCGAGAAAGAUAUCGUAGCUCUGGUAGCACCUCCAUCGACUGAUGAGUUGCUUCCCGCAUCACCUGAAAAGAAGAAGGAAAAGAAGGCCCACCGAGGACGUCGUGGCGGUGUUAAGCAUAGAAAGGGAAACAAGAAUCCUUCCCCCGAGGCUUCUCAGAUUUUGGAGGUCUCUCAAGAUGACACUGCACGGAAACCAGAGCCCACAGUUGACGACGCUGUUCGCAAAGCACAAACAAUGGGCCAGCAGACGAAACUUGAACCAGAUAUUCAUACUGUGCCAAACGACCCAUCAGAGGUAUCUGGACCAAUUCUCCGUAUCGGAGCUCUUGAAUGCGACACGGAACAACGUAUCGGUAAUGGAAGUAACGGUACACUGGUGUUUCGCGGAAAGUUUGAUGGGCGUGAUGUAGCGGUAAAACGGAUGUUGAUACAAUUCUUUGACAUUGCCUCUCAAGAGACUAAGCUUUUGAGAGAAAGUGACGAUCAUCCUAAUGUCAUCCGAUACUACGCACAGGAACAAGCUGGCGAUUUCCUCUACAUUGCGCUUGAGUUGUGUCCUGCAUCAUUGGCUGAUGUUAUUGAAAAGCCAAAUCUUCAUCGCGAUCUUGCUCAAGGAGGUGAGCGAGACUUGCCUGGCGUUUUAUACCAAAUCACAAAUGGCCUUCAACAUUUACACAAACUUCGUAUCGUUCAUCGGGAUCUCAAGCCCCAGAACAUUCUUGUUGCCAUGGACAAGAUGGACAAGAACGGGGCGCCGCGACUUCUUGUAUCUGAUUUUGGACUGUGUAAGAAAUUGGAUGGGGAGCAAUCGUCAUUCCGUGCAACCACAGCACAUGCUGCCGGAACCUCUGGAUGGCGGGCCCCUGAACUUCUCCAAGAUGACGACGCGAAAGAAGGCUUAUCUAUGGUUGACGCAAGCACGGAUGGGAACUCCGGACCGCUCUUGAGCUCAGAGCUCAUGUCCAAUCGUCGCGCUACUCGCGCCAUUGAUAUAUUCUCUCUUGGAUUGGUCUUCUUUUACGUUCUCACUAAAGGUUCUCACCCAUUCGAUUGUGGUGAUAAAUAUAUGAGGGAGGUCAAUAUUCGAAAAGACAAAUUCGACCUCAAUCGACUUUCGGUGUAUGGAGAUUAUGGCAUGGAAGCUGAUAAUCUUAUUCGCGCCAUGCUUAAUAAAAUUCCUCAAGCACGCCCAAGCGCACGUGAGGUCAUGGCUCAUCCAUUCUUCUGGUCACCCAAAAAGCGUCUCAAUUUCUUGUGCGACGUGUCUGACCAUUUUGAAAAGGAGAAGCGAGACCCGCCCACCGCAGCUUUGGUCGAGCUGGAAAGCUACGCAGCGGAGACUACCAACGGCGACUUCCUCAAAUCCCUUGGUCGUGAAUUCGUCGACUCGAUGGGUAAGCAGCGGAAAUACACCGGGUCAAGACUCCUAGAUCUACUACGAGCUUUGCGGAACAAGAAGAAUCACUACGAAGAUAUGAGUGAUAAGUUAAAGAAAGAGGUAGGGCCGCUUCCGGAAGGGUAUCUCAACUAUUGGACGACCAAGUUUCCGAAUCUGUUGCUUAAUUGCUGGAGUUUGGUGCAUUACUUGAAGUGGGAUGAUACGGAUCGGUUUAGGGAGUAUUAUACACCUGCGAGGCAUUGA